AUGUCGGGGCACAAGUUCAUCGGGAGUCCAAAGGUACAGCGUGUGCUUCUCGCACUAUACCUGUCUCUGCAAUUCCCGGUGUGUGCGCGCGAAGAGCUUCCGAUUGACGCACUGGCUGCCGAAGGAGACUGCAAGAUCGUCGCGCACUGUGCCCUGGUUUGCGUGUCCUGGACCGCUCGCGGCCGCUACCAGUUCUGGCACAAGCUCAUCGUUUCUGGCCACGAGCGACUGCUGCGGAUUUGCGGUGUGCACAUCCAGUCGUUCUCUCCACCACCCGAACGCCGCGAAUGGAGGCUCUCCGGUGCCCUCAUCGGCGUCGCCCGGUCACCCGACAGCACGCGAAUGUUCGUUCAAGAUGUCGUUACGCACGUCCACGUUUUUGACACGUCCACCUUGGCGUGCCUGCUCCCCUUCCCUCUCCCUUCCGAAGACGAUCUCGACGAGAUCGCAGGGCUCAGGGACGACGGCACCGCGAUCCGUUUGGCCUAG